CAUGAAACAAGUCCUAAUGAUGUUGUCUUACAGGGGAAAAAAGAUUUAAGUAUAAGUAAGGAAAAUGUGUUUAAGAAUAUGCUUUUUUCUAUACUUUCUCAGCUGCUGCUGCUACGGAAUGUAUGCGCAUGCGCGAAAAUAUGAAGACAUUUUCAAUGCAGGUGUCUUAAUUCCCGACGGAGGAAGCGGUGGAUUUGGUCCCGGUGGCACACUAGCGGAUAUGUACUGCGCAUAUUGUAGACAACGCGGGUGGACAGAGUGUAUCCAACGUUACUGCUUCAGGCGAGCUUUUGGAUUUAUUGGGAACUUCAUAAGAAACCAAGCGAGCUGGAUCCCUAAUUACUACAAGCCCAAAAGCGUUUAUAAAGUAAUCCCUGGGUUCCAAACAUACAUCCAUGGAGAUUCCUCUUUUCUACGUUUGAAACAUCUAUCUCGUGACGAUUAGCUAGUAAUACACGAAGUUUUGGUAUAAAUUACCGGUCAAUAGUUUGUGCUGUUGACUGGUCUGUAAUUUAACAUUAAAUUUUGCUGGGUUAAAGUCAACAUUGGAUGAAAACUGAAUGAACUUUUUUUUCUAAUGUCAUGAAAUAAAAUACUUUUUUGAACAAAAAUUGCCUGCCAAAAGUUUGUACUAUUGAAGUUUUUGCAGAUCAACGCAGGUUUCUGUGAUGAAGUCGAAAAUUAAGAAGAAAUAACUUGAAAUUAUUUCUGAUGCCAGGAAAUAAAGCACUUAAUGAACGGCUUGCCGACCAAUAGUUAAAAUCAUUACACGACACGUUAUGUAAAUCAACGAUCUAUUGUUUGCAAGUCAGUAGUCAAAACUAUUUAUUCUCGGUCCUUCGGACCUAGGCUUGACUAUUAACCGGCAAGCCAUUCAAUGUGUAUACUGUAAGCCCGAGAUUCGAAAGCUGAACUAUGGAACUUGUUUGUCAAUCAAAGAGUACAAUUUUAGAGUAUUAUUAUGUUAAAGUAACUAUUAAAUUUUCUAACAAUU